CGCAUCACAUCAGUUAGUCCAAGUGCAGAGCAAUAGGAGGUCGCACUGAGAUCUCACCUUUCCGUUAUGUAAGUCUCACUUGAUUUAAUUUAAUUAAUUUAUUAUUUUUUAUUUUCAAACAAGCUUUAUGAAAGAGCACAACUUAGUCCAGUUUUUUGUUUCCCCAAUUCAGUUACUGGAACUUCGGCAAGCAGAAGAACUGGACAAGUCAAUUUAACAUAAAAAUGCGUGCGAAUUUAAUUGACACCUUAAUUUACGCAUUUGCACAUGUGUGUUUAUUAAGUUGCAUUGUACAAACUGGUUUUUCUCAGCGUCAGGGCAACAGUGGAGCGGCAGCUCUCAGACAAACCAUACAAUGGCAGCACAACGGCAAACUCUUCAGUAUAUUAAGUCAAGGCUCGGAAUAUCAACCACCGUUAAAACGAGACGGAAACAAAGAGCAGACGGCUCAAGCCAGGCCGAUAGCCAUUGUCCGCAAUGAUGAUGCGGCUACGAGAACCGACGGCUCAGCUUCUUCUACUUCUUCUUCUUUACGACCCUCCCAGAGCCGGUCCUCGCGCUUGCCGUCAGGUAGCGGUACGCGCGGUACUGUCCCACGCUGGUUAUCAGGUGGCGAUGGAGCGCGCCCCAGAGGAUCACACGGGCGCAGGAAUCACACGGAGCAGACGCAAACAUCGGUCAACGGCACCGACAAACUCGCACAGGAAGAUGAAGUGAUGGCUGGAGAUGAUCCUUACAAUCCAUACAAGUCUACUGACCAGGACAAUCCGUAUUAUAACUAUUAUGACACGUACGAGAGACCCCGUCCUGCACAACGCCCGGGAUAUGGUACUAGAUACUUCCAAUAUGGUUUGCCUGAUCUUGUUGGAGACCCGUACUACAUCCAAGCAUCCGCCUACGUGCAGAGAGUUCCAAUGUACAAUCUCAGAUGUGCCGCUGAGGAAAACUGCUUGGCGAGCACUGCAUACAGGUCCAGCGUGAGAGACUACGACACGCGUAUGCUGCUGAGGUUCCCUCAGCGAGUCAAGAACCAAGGCACCUCCGACUUUCUUCCCAGCAGGCCACGCUACACCUGGGAAUGGCACAGCUGUCAUCAGCACUACCACAGCAUGGAUGAGUUCAGUCAUUAUGACCUGCUGGACGCCAGUUCUCAGAUAAGAGUAGCGGAGGGACAUAAGGCCAGUUUCUGUCUGGAGGACACGUCCUGUGACUACGGCUACUAUCGACGAUACGCCUGCACCUCCCACACUCAGGGCCUGAGUCCCGGGUGCUAUGACACUUACAAUGCCGACAUCGACUGCCAGUGGAUAGAUAUUACUGAUGUGAAACCUGGAAACUACAUCCUCAAGGUUAGUAUAAAUCCCAGUUACCAAGUGCCAGAGUCAGACUACACUAACAAUAUUGUGCGGUGUGAAGUACGUUACACCGGAAACUACGUUUAUGUUUCAGGAUGUCAAAUUUCACAGUAUUAAGAAUCUACUAAUGGAUCCUAAGGAAUAGAGAAAGACCAUAAGAAAUUAAUGAUAAAUGGUAAAAAACCUGCGAUAAAGCGAACAGAUGAUUGGACGUCAAUCAUGGGCCACUUUCCUGUUUGUGAGAGCCAAUAAUCAGCGGGGCAUUUUAGUGUUGACUAUGUCACAGAAUAUAAAAACCUGAGGCAUAAGUCCAGUUUUAAAGUGAAUUGCAUUAUCAUUUUUUGUCGUUUCUUUGCUAUGAAAACAAAGAGUCCACGGUCAUAUUGUGCUGGAUUCCUCCUAUAGAAAUUUGGAAGAAAUGGUGGUUAUACCGCCAGAAACCACCACAGUUUGCAGAGAUACCACACAUUCCCCAAAUCAUUCUGCAUCAAUCUCUCAGACUGGUAAAUUGCAAACGUUAAACCUUCAGAUAUUGAUCCACGCUAGGGUUUUUACCUGAAACAUGCUUUAGUGUGCUAGAGCGAUGCUUUAGUUGUGUAUUCUAAGUAGAUAUUUAUAUACAGAUGCUCAUAUUACUGCAACACGUUUUAUGUAUAUGAAAUGAGAAUUACUUGAAUAAAUAACUUCACACUCAGCUUC